CAAAACACCAUCGUAAGCCAACUCAUUACAAAUAUCUUUUCCUAUUCGAUUUCAUCAGUCUCUCUCAGGUUUGUGCGAAAAGAGUUGAAGGGAAAGUUGGGAGCGUUGCAGGGUAGAGAAUCAGAGAGAAAGAGAUGGCGCCGCCCCCGGGGACGGAGGGGCAAGUUCAAGGGCAGCAAGGUAGACAGCAACAGCAACAACAGGGUGGGUUCUCUCAGAUGAUUACGGGUGUCAUAAGGAUGGCUGUCUUUUGGUACUUCGCUUCCAAAUUCUUCUCUCCCAAAACCCCAUCCGACCCUUCCCAACUCAUCUCCAAUCUCUUUCACAAGGGCGAACCCCUGGAUAUGUGGUUAUAUGUCUCUGAACAUGAGAAGUUCAGUGACUUCGGCAACGAACAGGCACUUAUUUGGCAUGAAAGAAAUAUUCCGUAUGCAGUUUGGGGACCGGAGAGUACCAGGUCUCUUUCUUUGAAGUAUUAUCCAUCUGAGGCUUUGAAGCACAAUGGGAGUCUAUAUGCUCACGUUUUCUUUGCACGCUCUGGUUACCCACCAGAUCCAAAUGAUCCGGAGUACCAACCUCUGGCUGCUUUCGGAAGGACACACUCUGUUGUAACAUACUUGCCCAAGUCAAAAGCAGAUAAAAGGAAGAGCUUAUUGGGAAACUCCAAAGGUUCUGAUGAGGUUGAAACAGUGAUUGAGGUGGUUGAUGGUACUGAAGGUGAUUCUAUAGAUGAUAAACCUGUGGAGUGGGUUUCAUAUUGGAAGCCAAACAUUACAAUCAAUUUAGUCGAUGAUUUUACAAGAUACCCCCAUAAUGCUGCACCUCCAAAUGUUGCGCCUUAUUUGAAUGUUGAGCCUAGUACAGGGAACUACUAUCCUACCAUAUUCUUCAAUGAGUUUUGGUUACUCAAAGAUAAGUUGAUACCAUUGAAUGAAACAGUGACAGAAUUGCCACUAAACCUGGAGGUGGGUUCCAUAAGCAUGACCAAGUGGCAAAUAUUCCUGCAGAUUGACCAAUCUUUCCAGAUUCACCGUAGUUACGGAAGCAUGCUUGAAGGCGAGGCUGAUGAGUUGAAGAGGGUGUUCUUGGAAGGAAAUCCAUACCUCCUGGCAAUCACAAUGGUUGUUUCCUUGCUUCAUUCAGUGUUUGACUUCUUGGCAUUUAAGAAUGACAUCCAAUUUUGGAACAAAAAUAAGUCUAUGGAAGGACUAUCUGCAAAGUCUGUUGUAGUGAGCUUUCUGUGUCAGCUCAUUGUUUUCCUCUAUCUACUUGAUAAUGAUACCUCAUGGAUGAUUCUGGCAAGUUCUGGAAUUGGUUGCUGCAUUGAGUUUUGGAAAAUCGGAAAGGCCAUGCACAUAGAGAUUGAUAGAAGUGGGAGAAUACCCAUGCUAAGGUUCCGGGAUCGCGAGUCCUAUGCAGGGAAUAAGACAAAGGAAUAUGAUGAUAUGGCAAUGAAGUAUUUGUCCUAUGUACUGUUCCUCCUUGUUGCAUGCUCAUCUGUAUACUCGCUCAUGUAUGAGCGCCACAAGAGCUGGUAUUCUUGGAUUCUAUCAUCACUGACAAGCUGUGUAUACAUGUUUGGUUUCAUAAUGAUGUGCCCUCAAUUGUUCAUAAAUUACAAGCUGAAGUCUGUGGCUCAUCUACCCUGGAGGCAGAUGACAUACAAAUUCCUCAACACCAUCAUUGAUGAUCUCUUUGCCUUUGUCAUAAAAAUGCCAACACUGCAUCGGCUGUCUGUCUUUCGUGAUGAUGUUAUAUUUCUGAUCUAUGUGUACCAGAGGUGGAUAUAUCCAGUGGACAAGAAACGCGUCAAUGAAUUCGGUUUUGGUGGCGAGGAUGAUCAGGUCACUGAUGGUGCAGAGGUGGCUGCCACAAAUGAAGAAGAGAAGAAAACCAACUGAAACGGUUUUCAAACUUUCAAUUGAAACCAUAUUACGGCGCAUAAUUGUAAUAUUUAGUUAGGAUAAUAGAUUAUCUUUUUGUUUGUUUGAUUUGUUUGACCGUUUUCAUCAGAAUGCUGUUUCAGAUUUAAAAAAAAAAAAAGGUCUCUUCCGGAUA